AUGGUCGCUUGUCGUGGACUUGCCAUCCAAGUUACCGAAGUAUCUAUACAUCUCAUUAGUGUGACCGCCGAAAAGCUUUUAUGUACUGAGCUCUCGACUGCUGUUGCGGUCCGUGAGAUCAAUGCGAAGGUCAUACGUAUGGUUCGUUAA